CAUCGGGACAACACCCUGUUUUCAUUUUUUGUUUAAAAGUGGUGAAAAUGAACGUCUCUGUAUUGCUCGGAGUGUGUGCACUCUUCCUGUCUGCUGUUUCCAGUGAUGGUGAAGAAGUAUUGUCAGUGCCUGUGUCUGUGGAGGGAGAUCCAGUCACUAUAAACACUGAUGUGACAGUAACCCCACAACAAAAUAUAAAAUGGUAUUUUAAUGACAUUCGCAUCGCUCAGAUAAUUGGAGGUCAGAGUUAUAUCUGUACAGAUGCUGAGUGUCCUGAGACAUUCAGAGACAGACUGAAGCUGGAUCAUCAGACUGGAUCUCUGACCAUCAUGAACUCAAGGACCACAGACUCUGGACUUUAUCGACUACAGAUCAGCAGCAGAAUCAGUAACACGAUCUUCAAUGUUACAGUCAUUGGUACAUCUGGUGCGGAUAGAGACGUGUCAGUGAUGGAGGGAGAUUCAGUCACUCUUCACACUGAUAUAAAAACAAACCAAAAUGACAGAAUUAAAUGGUUUUAUAAUGACACUCGCAUCGCUCAAAUAAAUGGAGGUCAGAGUUUGAUCUGUACAGAUGUUCAGUGUCCUGAGAGAUUCAGAGACAGACUGAAGCGAUUGGCUGAUCAAGAGCAACAGCAGAAUCAGUGCAAGGAUUUUCUUUGUUUAUGUAAACGGAAAGUACAGAUCAUCAGCAGCAGCAGCGCCAGCAGCAGUGAAAAGAACGUCAAUAUUACUGUCCGUGGUGUUCCUGAAGGAGAUGAAAUCAAGAGAAAGUCAGUGAAGGAGGGAGAAUCUGUCACUUUAGAUCCUUGUGUAGAAAGAAAAGCAAAAAAUUUGAUGAGCUGGUAUUUUAAUGACAUUUGCAUCGCUGAAAUCAAUGGCCAUCAGAGUGAGAUCUGUACAGUUGAUCAGUGUAAAGAGAGAUUCAGAGACAGACUGAAGGUGAAUCAGACUGGAUCUCUGACCAUCAUGAACACCAGAACCACAGACGCAGGACUUUAUAAACUGGAGAUCACUAGCAGCAGAUUCAGCAUUCACCGUCGUCGUCGCCGCAGCAUCAGUGUCACCAGUGUGAAAAGAUUCAGUGUAUCAGUCAUUAAAUUAGGCUUGUCUUCAGGUGCUGUAGCAGGAAUAGUUCUUGCUGUUCUGUUUGUGGCUGCUGUUCCUGUGUUGGUGCGAUUUACUAUAACAGAAACCAGUUUUACACCAGUACAACAGGAAGUAAGUAUUACAGGAUAUAACAAGAUAUGUGAUUUUAUUGUGCAGAUUGAUUUAAAAGAACCCCAUUACACUGCAAAAUAAUUAUAUGUUGUAAAUACAAACAUUAUUGGAGUUAUUUUUUACAAAAAAAUAUAUAAUUUCAGUUAAAAUGUCAUAUUUAAUUCCACCUAUUACUUGCUUCCUUGUAAUUAUUUGUGAAAUUUUCUAAGAAUUUCAGUGUUUGACUACAUUAAUAUUUUUAUGUAGUUAUAAUUAAUUAUAUAAUUUAUGUAUCACAAUUGGUGUUACAGCAAGUCAGGAUGUAAUACAAAUGAACACUGUAAAACUUCUAAUGAAGAAUUAGAAGCUGCUGCUUAUCAUUUCCCUUCACUGAAAUAAGUGGUCGACGUUUGCUCGACGUGCGUGUGAUAUCCAUGCGCAUGUGCUGUGUGUGUGUGUGUGUGUGUGUGUGCGUGUAUGU